UUUCAGACGGCGUUUUCAGACGUCGAAUUGAGUACGACUAAUGUGAAGGAGGUAAUGGCGGUAUUUCACAACAAAAUACGACAGAGAAGUGAAGGCGAGUUUCCAAGAUUAGGAGGUACUUGUUACGGUAAGUGCAGCGGACAUCAAGGACAGUGCGAGAAGCUAGGAAGCAUAAAGGAGCGGGAGAGGCGCAGGCAGAAGCGCGCAGGGAUUAUGUGUAACGGCAUCUAUACGAUACAUAGCGUUAUGCAUAACAACAUAGGUACAUGGUGGGUGUCGCGAGGCGGGUGAGAACAAUGUGAACGAUCUGUCAGUAGUGUGUAUUCCAAAAGUAUCCGUGCGCAGACAAG